AUUAUAACAGGAUCCUAAACGCAAGGUCCAUAAACCUGUGAAACGUGUUUUAAGACUGGAAAUUGAGAGGCACCAGACAUCUAGUGCAGAGCUGGAAAAUAUUUCAGAAAGUGCCAGCAUGACCAAUGAAUCUAUGGACCUAGGGGAUCAAGUUACUGAUGCAAUGUUCAUUAAGAGCCCCAACAAUGGUUCUGAUGGGCCUCAGAGUAGCAAUUCCAAGUGGAUUCCUAAUGAUGAGAAAAAUGCAUCUGGAAAUGGAAACACUCAUGGAAAUCUGGAUCUCAAUGUUGGUGAUGUAAGCAGAAUGCCUUUCUUGCGUUUGUAUUUUCUUUUUAUAUUUUUGUUGCAUUUCAGUUGCUUAUUUGCAUGGCUGAUAUGAAACAACCAGGGAAUUUUUCUUGUGUUCUGUAAAUAUGGUUUGCCUAUUUCUUGAUUCAAUUCUGAAUGGAUAAAUGCCACAAUUGGCUUGGAGCAAAUUUAUCUAUCUAGCAUUGUAAUGCUGGCUAUAACCUUAGCACCGUAAGAUAUAUUAAGUCCAUAGACCAGAGAAUGAGUAAUUGAGGUGAGAGGUUUAC